UCGCUGUAUAGUUUAAUAGUACACCAUACUGAUCAAUUAGCAUAUCAGUUCAUGCUACAUACCUAGCAUACAAAAUAAUUCAUCCUACCUACCUAGACAUGAAAUGGUUAUCUACCACUUGAUCCACACAAAUCAAGCGGAAAAAAAAAAACUGUUGGAUUUAUUUUUCCUGGCCACGGGAAAUAACGAUUAGAAUCAACCAUCACUCCAACAGAAUAUGCUGCAGUCGACAAUUGAUUUUCAGAAUAUCAAAAUCCAUGUCAAGAAGGCCACUCAAUGGGCCCAAUCCAAUAAAUACAAAGCCAACCCAAAAGCAACCAAUUCUCAAACAGAUUUUAACCAUUAACCGUUGGAAACCCUAAAAAUUAAUUAACCAUUAACCGGCUUAAUAAUCCGUCUAAUUACUAAACAAAUCCCUCUCCGCCGCGUAAAACUGUAAAAAACCAACUGGAAAUAAAAUCAAACUUCUCCCUCCCAUUCUCAUUUCUAUCCCUCCCCGACUUUCCCGUCUACAGUUACUGUCUGCGGUCUCCCGAACUCAAAAGCAAGUAAUUCCCUCUCUCUCUCCCUCCAGCCUCUAGGGUUUCUUGAAACCACUCCGAUUCAGUCUUUGCUUCCUUCCUCGUUCCCGCCCUCUGCACCAUCAGAACUUAGCCUUAGAAGUUGUUCCAGUCGCGCCCACCUGCCGGAGCCAUGUCGCUGAGGCCAAACAACAACAAGAACGAGAAUCGCCGCAACAAGUACAAGGUCGCCGUCGAUGCCGACGAAGGCCGAAGGAGGAGGGAGGACAACAUGGUGGAGAUCCGGAAGAACAAGCGCGAGGAGAGCUUGAUGAAGAGGCGGCGUGAAGGUCUCCAGCCUCAGCCGGCGGCUCUCCCCGGUGCUAUGGAGAAGAAGCUGGAAAGCUUGCCUUCUCUGGUUGCUGGUGUUAAUUCGGAUAAUAGUACUCUGCAGCUCGAAGCCACCACUCAGUUCAGAAAGCUGCUUUCCAUUGAAAGGAGUCCUCCUAUUGAGGAGGUUAUUCAGUCUGGUGUUGUUCCUCGCUUUGUUGAGUUUCUAGUCAGGGAGGACUUUCCCCAGCUUCAGUUUGAAGCUGCUUGGGCUUUGACAAACAUUGCUUCUGGGACCUCUGAGAAUACCAAAGUGGUGAUCGACCAUGGUGCUGUUCCAAUAUUUGUUCAGCUUCUUGGUUCAGCCACCGAUGAUGUUCGGGAGCAGGCUGUGUGGGCCUUGGGAAAUGUUGCUGGUGAUUCCCCGAAAUGUCGUGACCUUGUUCUGAGUCAUAAUGCACUGUUGCCUCUUCUGGCUCAAUUGAACGAGCAUGCUAAGCUUUCCAUGCUGAGGAAUGCCACGUGGACAUUAUCAAACUUCUGCAGGGGAAAGCCUCAGCCUCCUUUUGAUCAGGUGAGGCCAGCACUUCCUGCACUUGAGCGUCUCGUGUACUCGUCUGAUGAGGAAGUCCUUACUGAUGCAUGUUGGGCGCUAUCCUAUCUUUCUGAUGGUACAAACGAUAAAAUACAAGCUGUGAUCGAGACUGGUGUUUGCCAACGUCUUAUUGAGCUUCUCCUCCAUCAAUCACCUUCAGUGCUUGUUCCAGCCCUUCGCACAGUUGGAAACAUUGUAACAGGAGAUGAUUCUCAGACCCAGUGUAUAAUUAGUCAUGGCGCACUCCCCUGCCUUCUCAACCUGUUGAAUCUGAAUUUGAAGAAGAGCAUUAAGAAGGAAGCGUGCUGGACCAUCUCAAACAUUACAGCUGGAAACAAGGAACAGAUUCAGGCUGUGAUUGAAGCUAAUCUGAUAGGCCCUUUGGUUAACUUGCUUGUAAAUGCCGAGUUUGACAUAAAGAAAGAGGCUGCUUGGGCGCUCUCUAAUGCUACUUCUGGUGGUACCCAUGAUCAAAUCAAGUUUCUGGUGAGCCAGGGGUGUAUAAAACCGUUGUGUGAUCUCCUUGUUUGCCCUGAUCCAAGAAUUGUCACAGUUUGUCUCGAAGGACUAGAGAAUAUAUUGAAGGUUGGGGAGUCCGAGAAGAAUUUGGGACAUACUGAAGUGAACUUAUUUGCUCAGGCUAUUGAUGACGCGGAGGGUCUUGAAAAGAUUGAGAAUCUUCAGAGCCAUGAUAACAAUGAGAUCUAUGAGAAGGCAGUUAAGAUUCUGGAGACCUAUUGGUUGGAGGAAGAGGACGAGACAUUACCUUCUGGUGAUGCUACUACCCAGCCGGGUUUUCAGUUUGGCGGAAAUGACAUCCCACCUGGCGGUUUCAACUUCAAUUGAAGGUAUGUUGUGAUUAUGCUUUCAAGCAUAUGCAUGAAUCUAACUAGAGGUAUCAAAUGGAAUGGAAUGGUUUGCUGUGUUCGCGGGGUUGGGUUUAAAUGUGUUUCUGGUUAAUUGGUUGGUGGAUCAUUGUCAAUUGAAUUGACUGAAUAGAAGUUGGAUUUAGUUUUUUGACUAGCCUGUAAACUUCUGAAAGCUUAGGUGCUGAAAUGUUAGGCGCAAAAUAUAUGGUUAUUAGACUUUAUUUUACGCUAAAGGUCACCUAUAUAUGGGAAAAUCUAGGUUCUAAAAUGCAGGAUUCUUAUUUAGAUCUAAAUGUCAGUUUUGCAUAAACUCAUCAACCCAACCCAAUGGAUUUGUGUCAAAUGGAUUUGGGACUAGAUGGUUUUAAGCGAGUGGGUUGGGAUGGGUUGACAUUUGCCACCUCUAAUUUUGUAGUAAUCCUUGAUCUCCUGAAUUGUGCAUAAAAGGGUUGAGUUCUACAAACACUGCAGGUGCUUAAGUGUGUCAUGAUGUUGAAGUUGUGAUGGUUGUUAAGAACUGUGGGGUUGAAGUCACAGUAUAUCAGGGCACCUUGUGUCGUCGGAGUCUGGUCCAGCGUCCUCUCAUGGGUCGAUCAAGAGGUGCCUCAGUUGGUCGGUCGGUCGGUCGUUAGAGUAAAGUGUCAGUCCACAAGGAGUCGGAGGUUGGGAGUGCAGUGUCCGUCUGGCCAAACCAGCAAUGGCAGUUAUAACGAAAGAAGAGGGUCGGUCGUGUCAGAUAAUCAGAGGGAGGCUUCCUUUUGGUGAACUUUUUUGCAUCACGAAGUUCGUCGGGAGUUUUGGUUGUUUUUAGUAAAAAACUCAUAAUAUACAGCUGUAUUUUUGUAUUCUGGUUGAUUGCAUUUGCAUAUAGUUGGCGGCAACGCCACUGGUCACGGUCAGUCAGUCUCGUGGAUUUGUUGAUUCUCUGAGGAAAUGAAAUGACAAUUAUGGUUUUUUCCUGUUUGACCCUGUUGUGCAUUUCUCUAUCCGAGUCCCACUUCCCUUUCCUUUCCUUUGAUGGCGGUGUCAUUAGUAGUGACAUUUGGGUGGAGCCUGAAGAAAAUACUAUGAUGUGAUGUUUUCGUGCGAGUAGUUUUAGUUUGGUCGUUGAAUAUCCGAAGGAGUUGAUGCUCUUGACUUCAUGAGUCUGUCAUAAACUAAAUCCUUGUGA